CAAAGCAUUAGACGCUGCUGAUAUUAAUAGUGUGAUGAAUAAGGAUAUCGAGCUGGAGUAUUUGGAGAAUAUUCUGGCAUCAUCGAGAGAUAUGGUUAGCGCACUCGAUGCGAUUGCAGCACAAUUCAGAUCAAUGGAAAAAGCAUCUCAAGACAUGAUUACUGUUUUUCAAAACUGGAACACAGUUUUUUCAUUAGCUGAAAAAGCAAGGACAGGAGAUGUAUCGGUUAUUGUUAUCCCAGAUGCAGAAAAGAAUCAUAAGCCAUAGGAAUGUAAAACCUGAGUGUUUUGUAUAGUAUCAUAAGGAGGCUGUUUGUUUGAAUCCGAGAUGGUGACGUGGCGAACAAAGGAGACCCUACCAACUCCAGCUUGUAAGAGUUCUUGAAUGAAGUGUUGGAUGGCUGGGUGAGCAUAUAGAAUGAGACUUGUUAUAUUGAUAGAUCUAGUGAUAUAGAAUAAAAGGGGCAACGUGGAAUCUACGUUUGGGAAAAAAAGAAUGACGAUGAAUAGAAAAAAUGAAAAUAGAAUAAUGUUUGAGGAAGUUUGGAAGUAAAGCAAACUAGUAGAGAUCAUUUGCAAGAUUACAGGAAUCAUAAUGAUGGAUUCUAAACGAAGUGGGGACAAUCGCAUUGUGUCCAACCAAUGAAUCGGAAGAAUCGCUUCUUUGAAAUGGAUGAGGACGUCGAUCGAUGAAGAACCUCAGGUUGCUACAUGAGACGUGAUGGAGAGAGAUUAGCACAAUGAAUGGUUCACACCAUCUACACCUUUAGAAUUCAUGAUUUCUGCUAAAUCCUUCU